GCCAAAUGUUUGUGCAUGCCAAAGUGAAGAGAAAAAAGCAGCAGCCAUCGUAAUGGAGACAGGACUAGUUGAAGCAGUUGUUUCAGAAUACCAUUGAACAGAAAAUUACUGAGAAUUGACUGGAUAGCGUGGCUCACAUAGUAGUCUGCACUAACUUAGAAGCACAUAUAGUUUUAGCAGAUUAGAAUAGAGAAACAAUAAUACUGAUGUCUGCUCAAACGCAGCUACCACCCCUGAAUAAUCUCCCACAGUGGUCAAGAGUUCAUACAUUGGACAAGGCCAGAUAUCCAAAGCCAUUUGUAAAAGACAGACUUAACCCAAUGCCAAUGGCGGAUCUAGGUGCUAGCAACCCUCCUGGCUCUUCAGAGUCAGACAGAGAUCUAGACUUUACAAGCAUGGAUCCAGUGACCAGGAUUCAGUACCUUGAAAAAAGCAUAGGAUUUCUAAAACAUCAACAUAAGGAGGUGCUUUCUAGUUUGCAUGAAGAAAUAGAAGCUCUGAAAAAAGAAAACAAAGAUCUCCAGUUUGAGUUGAUUAUGAUUCAAAAGAAUCAGCAGUUAAAUUCCUCAAGUGCCAAUAAUGCAACUUCACAAAAACUGGAAGUGCCUGACAGACCUACAGAUAAAGAGCAAAGCUCAAUAUCCUUGAGGUCAAGAACAGCAGAGGGGGAUUCUGUAACAGACCAGUCACAAGAGCCAGAAUUAAAGCACAUUUUCUUAGAAGAAGAAAUAAAAGACUUAAAAGAGACUCUAAGGGAGGCAAGGAACCACAAUACUUAUCUCAAACAGCUUUUGGAACAAGAACAAAGCAAAAGUAAAGAACUACAGCAACAGGUGUCCAGUCAGAGCCAUGAAUCCCCAGCAGCAUAUGGCCAACCUCAAAACACACCUAUAGAUAUGAGUAGCAUCACAGCCAGUCUGAACCCAUUGCAAAUCCACCCUGCCAACCAGCCUCCACGGCAACCUACUCUACAGGAGUGCGAGAUGAUCAUUCGGCACAUGCAGCAUGUCAACGAGAAACAGUCACAUGAGUUGAAUAGGUUGAAGUCAGAUCUGCGUGAUGUGUUGUAUUCUCACAAGUGGACCCCAGAUGCAUACCUGCUAGCUAAGGCCUAUGUAGCAGAAGAAGAAAAGGGGGAAGUAGUUGCAUUGGACCCACAAGCUAGAUUGCCAAAAAUACACAAACAUCCUGGAAGGAAAUUACCUGAAGUUGCCUAUAUUGCCUCCUCUGAGAAAGUGUCUCUGCCUGCCCUGACUCAGACUGUGGGUAAUAAAGCAGUAGAGAGAAGAAAAAGAACACAGAUUCUUCAGAAAGCUAGACUUCGUAAAGAGGUGCUAUAAAUGGCAAGAUAACUGUGCAGUUUUUCCUUUUUAUUCACACUACUAGGACUUGAUAUUCAAAUGUAUUUGGAUAAGAGGCCAGUUUUGUGUUUCAAAAAAAGCAACUGCUUUUGGUGCUUGCUUUGAGUGGCUAGCAAACCAAAUAGGGUAAAGCUUUAUCUACCUGAGUACUGUAUAUUGUACUCUAAACAAUUGACUUGUAUUACCAAUGGGAGCUGGAUAUACUUACAGCUAAUGUGCCCUUAGAAGCUCAGUGCUUUAAAUGAUGACAUGGUCAUUGUAUUAGAUGUAAAAGAAAAGUGUCUAUGUUGUUGUCAAACAUAUUAAUAGCGAUCAACAUUUUAAAAGUCAAGUUUAAGAUUGGUUUUUCAUAUCCAAAGUUUAUAUGGAUUCAGUUGAUUUUAUUUUAUUACUUUGGGCAGAGAGAUGUAUAUUCAGACCCAAUUAUAACCAAAUUUAAUUUAUAAGAUUUUUCUGUUGUGUUAGGUGUGCUCUUUUGAUGUUAAAUGGAUUCAUGUGAGGGCAAUCCAGUCAUUUUAUAGUCUACUCCCUUUGAAUAUUGCAUUUAAAAAAGUCACACUACAACACAUCAAGACAUUCCAGAUUUUUAUUUGAUCACAAAAUCACAACAAAAUAGUAAGGAUCUGAUGAGCAUUUGAUGCUUAUGCCAGCUAAUUAAAUUUGUUAUAGAUACGCGUUUUGUUGCAAAAUGGAGCGUUCAAUUUACUAUUCGUUCUCUUCAUUUUGUUUCAAUAUUCAAAUGACCUACAGACUAGAAUCGUGGCAUUAAUGUUUGACAUGUCAGUCAACAUUGUAUGCAACAUUUGCAUAUUCAUAACGAAACCUGCGAAAUAAAAUGUUUGUACAAAUCAGUACAUGAGUUUUCGUGUUUACUU